CCGAUUCCUGAGGAAAACAAACGCAUCAGCAGACGUCAUGGUUUACGGAAGCGAGGAGGCGAACUUGUUUCUUAACCCUUCAGUUAAACAAGCAGACGAGAGACACUUCUGCCACUUUGUUCACUUUGGAGAUUCAUCUGAAAACAUUGAUGGUCGAGGUUAGAGAGUGUCAUCACAGUGGAGAGAGGAUUAGAAGAGAGAGGUUGUCUUCCAGGAGCUGUGUGGUCCCCCUCACUCUCCAACCCCAAAAUCCCAGCACGCACACGCAAACCCCUCAAUGAGCGGAGGGAGAGCCGGUGAAGAACCGCAAGGAGAAAACUCAGAAAGGAGUCCAAGCUGUGUCUCUCACUCUGCUCUCCUGCCUUUCAGUCAACAACGACUACAAGUGCCACCCAGACUUGAGUGAGUGGCCUGGCUGGACCUCCUUGGCCUCUCCUCAUCUCUCCAUUAAUCCUUCAAUCCUGCCAUCCAGUCUCUUGUCAUCUCUGGCACCAUGCUGAUUCAGUGGCUGGCCUACCUGGCCCUGCUGUCCCUGGACUGGGCUCCAGGCAGCUGGGCCUUCACCACAACCAAGGCUCAGAGUCUGAGGGGUCGCAUCCAGAGAGACCGACGAAACAUUAGGCCCAACAUUAUUCUCAUUAUGACAGAUGACCAGGAUGUUGAAUUAGGUUCUUUGCAGGUAAUGAAUAAAACCCGUAAAAUCAUGGAGGACGGAGGCACGUCUUUCACCAACGCCUUUGUCACGACCCCUAUGUGUUGCCCGUCACGAUCCUCCAUGUUGACCGGCAAGUACGUCCACAACCACAACACAUACACCAACAACGAGAACUGCUCUUCUCCAUCCUGGCAAGCUCAGCAUGAGCCUCGCUCAUUUGCUGUCUACCUCAACAAUACCGGCUACAGGACAGCUUUUUUCGGCAAGUAUCUCAAUGAGUAUAAUGGCAGCUACAUCCCACCUGGGUGGCGUGAGUGGGUCGGAUUGAUCAAAAAUUCCCGCUUCUAUAAUUACACCGUCUGCCGCAAUGGUUACAAGGAGAAACAUGGUGCUGAUUAUGCCAAGGACUAUUUCACAGAUCUGAUCACCAAUGACAGCAUCAACUUUUUCCGCGUGUCUAAGAAGAUGUAUCCUCACCGCCCUGUGAUGAUGGUCAUCAGUCACGCUGCUCCUCAUGGUCCAGAAGACUCUGCACCUCAGUAUUCUGAGUUCUUCCCAAAUGCUUCUCAGCAUAUUACCCCCAGCUACAACUAUGCCCCAAACAUGGACAAACACUGGAUCAUGCAGUACACCGGCCCCAUGAAACCCAUCCACAUGGAGUUCACCAACUUUCUCCAUCGGAAAAGGCUGCAGACACUAAUGUCUGUUGAUGACUCAGUGCAGAAGGUGUAUGAUAUGUUGGAGGAAACUGGGGAGCUCGACAACACCUACAUUAUUUACACAGCAGACCACGGUUACCACAUUGGCCAGUUUGGAUUGGUGAAGGGAAAGUCCAUGCCUUACGACUUUGAUAUUCGAGUUCCAUUCUUCCUGAGAGGACCCAAUGUGGAGCCAGGGGCAGUAAACCCUCAUCUAGUGCUGAACAUUGACCUCGCUCCUACGAUUCUGCACAUCGCCGGUUUAGACACCCCUCCAGACAUGGAUGGAAAGUCAAUUCUUAAACUGCUGGAACAGGAACGAACAGGCAACAGAUUCAAACCCAACCGGAAACCCAAAGUCUGGAGAGACACAUUCCUUGUGGAACGAGGAAAGAUCCUGAGGAAGAUAGAUGACUCAGUGAACACUCAGCACACCAAUAGUCUGCCCAAGUACAAGAAGGUCAAAGAGACGUGCCAACAGGCCGAGUUCCAGACGCCCUGUGAACAGCCUGGGCAGAAAUGGCACUGUGUGGAGGAGAUCCCUGGGAAGUGGAGGAUACAGAAGUGUAAAGGUGGUUUGAAAGAGGGCUCCAGGAAAAAAGUUCGCAGCCUGAGGCCCCGCAGCAGUUAUGACAACAGAGACAGAAGCUGCGACUGUGGGGAUUCUCUCUUUAAAACCUCCAGGUCUGAACGCCGCACCCACCGUCCGUUCUCUUCCUCAUCUGGUCAACGUUUUCGCCCACGCUUUGUCCACACGCGACCCACCAGGUCUUUGUCUGUGGAAUUUGAAGGUCAAAUAUACAACAUUGAUCUCCAAGCAGAUGACCAAUCAGCUGUCAGACGUAUCUCUAAACGUCAUUACAACCAAGAAGAAACAGCACUUGGCCUAGAGACAGGCGAUGGUUCUGAGGAAAUGUUGGCCGAUGAUACCAAUGCAGUGGGCUACCCGAACUCUGUCAAAGUGACCCACAAGUGUUUUAUUUUGAUGAAUGACAGUGUCCACUGUGAAAGAGAAGUCUACCAGUCAUCCAGAGCCUGGAAAGACCACAAGAGCUACAUAGACCAGGAGAUUGAAGCACUUCAAGACAAAAUCAAACAUCUCCGCGAAGUGAGAGGACACCUGAAGAGGACACGACCAGACGAGUGUGACUGUGGGAAGAAAAGCUAUUUUGUAAAAGGAGACAGAAACAAGGCUGACAGACUGAAGAACAGAAAUGAUCAGCUCCAUCCAUUUAAGGAGGCGGCACAGGAAAUAGACGGGAAAACCCAGUUGUACAACGAGAUCCGCAGACGGAAGAAGGAGAGAAAGGAGAAGAAGAGGCUGAGGAAAGGAGAUGACUGCAGUCUGCCUGGACUCACCUGCUUCACACACAACAACGAUCACUGGCAGACCCCCCCCUUCUGGUCAUUGGGUGGAUUCUGCGCAUGCACCAGCUCCAACAACAACACCUACUGGUGCUUGAGAACCAUCAAUGAGACCCACAACACACUGUUCUGUGAGUUUUCAACCGGCUUUCUGGAGUACUUUGACCUCAACAGUGACCCGUACCAGCUGACCAAUGCCGUUUACUCAGUGGAUCGGGAAGUUCUCAACGCCCUACACGCUCAGCUCAUGGAGAUGAGGAGUUGCCAAGGUUAUAAGCAGUGCAACCCUCGGCCCAAAGGCCUGGAGUCAGCACACAGCCAGUAUGGGACGGACGACAGGGUUAAGCUCCCGAACUUGACGGACGAGGAGGUGAACUGGCAGGGACUGGAGGACAUGUACAGCAUCAACGAAAGCCUUUAUGAUUGUAGGCCCGACUACAGCCCCGGCCCAGACGACUGGGCAAACUUUCAGAAGGAUGUAGAUAAUAUGUUUGCACUGCGACACGUUUUGAACAAAUUCAACCAAACCCAUAAGCUUGACGACUCCACCCUGCCAGAGUUGGGCUCCGGGGCCGGAGGUGGAGGCUUUGAAGAGGGCAGCGGCGGCGGCGGCUGGGCGGGCCGGUCCACAGAGGCCCGCCUCACCACCCCUGCCCCCGGCAGAACAUUAUCACCAGCUCCACCUGUGCCCAGGCCCACCACAGAAAAGAAACUGGACUCUGUUGUCAAUGACCUUCCAGAGAGGGUUGGUGACAGACCUCAGGGGUCUGUGAUGUCAGCAUCACCGGUGAAGGAAACAUCAGCAGGUCCAAGCAGAGACAAAGUCAUCCUCCAGAGCGAUGUGUGGACGCAGCAGCUGGAGGAGAUGGAAGGAGACGUGUUCAGCGGAAACGGACUGACAGAGCUGGAGACACGGCAGGACAACCUGCUGGAGACAGAGCUGGACCAUGUCCAGGUCCCCGGCUCUUUGGGUCUCAGUCUGGGCUUGGAGCCCAAAGAUGAGGAGGACAUUUUCCAGGCACAAGGUUAUCUUCCCCACUCCCCGAAGACACUGAAUCCGAAAGUGGCGCAGACCAGCACCACCGGGAGCCCCACCAACAUCAACACACAGACUAGCACCCUGCUGAAAGACGGGGUGGUACUGGAGCCGUCCCUCACCUUGGACUUUGAGGGCAGCGGCUCUCUGCCUCGGCCCACCAAUCAGAUCCUCUGAGGCAGAUGCAAGCACUGACCAGUCAGCCAAUGUGCUGCUGGUCGCCACAGAGACCAUGAGACAUGAGAUGAGCCAAGAUCAGCGGCGAGUGAUGCCACCUCAAGUUAGUCAGUCAAGUUUUAAAAUGAGUAUUACAAUUGUUGUUUAUUUUUUUUACUGCUGCCAACAUUUGAGUAAACAGUGUUACAUAUUUACUUUUUUCUCCCUGAAAUAUAUAUAUUCAGAAAAAACCUUAAGCCGCUAAAUAUUGUUUGGGUAAAAUAAGUAAAUGAGUAAAAUAAAUAGUAAAUUCAAUUCAGAGACUUUGUUUAAAUGUUUAGAACAGGCGUGAGUGGUGAAACUUUAUUUAUCAUCUGCGCGUAUGGUUAACAGUGGUCAGCUGUUCAUCCAGUUUCAGCGUUUAUAGCAGAGAUUUCAACCUCUAAAGUCAUCCUAACUUAGCUAGUACAGUAAAGGCAUCACUGCCAGGUACACAUCAUCAUUGAGUGCGCUGUCUUUGCUGCAUUCACCCUGUUGUCAGUCUGGCCCCAUUUGGGCCACGGGCUGCUGACCUGACACUAACAAUGAUAAAAAUGCUGUGUUAUUAUUGCAGCAUGAUUCUCCUGUAGAAGAAAAACCACCUAGCUGUUAGAUGACAUUCAAUUUGACCCCAAAUGCACUUUUAACUUUUCCAUAGCAUGACCCUUCAACCUUCACUAAUGUGGUGUUUAUGUUGAGACAAUUUUUUUUAAUAAUUAUUUCGUGUGGCUACUUUCAACAUUUUGUUUUGUGACAAAAUUCAUAUUCAUCAAAUUUUUUAAUUAUUAUUUUAGUUUUUAUAUCUAUUUUAUUUUUAGCAUUUUAAAUACAGCAGUAAAAGCAAUUAAAGUUACGACAAUCAUGGGAUGGAUAUUGACACAAUGUCAGAUAUCACUGCCGACGACCCUCUUGUUUGACGCUAUUCAUACCAUUAAUGAAAUAUGAUAUUUCAUUAUCACAAGCAAAUGUUGACACAAUCACCAGGGAUCACGUUGUUUGCUGUCUUUUCUUUUUCUCUUUUUCAUUAUCACCAAAUUUACUUCAUACAUGUCCAUUGUCAAACUCAUCAAACUCACUGUGGCCAAUGAAUUUUCAUGGCCCCCAAUUUGUGUAUGAUAAUUAUUCCCCAUGAUUAGACAGAAAGAUAGCAGUCCUUACAUUUUGUCAUGUUUCAUUUACUAUUUACAGUUGUAAAGCCUAAUAAGUGGAAAUGGACCUAUAACCUACUGUUGCAUGUUGUCAUUGCUGUAGAACUUUUAAUGUUGCAGGAAUGGCCAGAGUUGUUAACCCUACGUUACAGCAACAUCCCCAUAAAGACAUAAGGAUAGGAAAUUAACAUCUGAUUAUCUGUGUGAAGCUAAUGCAAGGCCAGUAAGCGUUUCAUUUAAUUAUUUUAUAUUCUAAAACACACAAUGCAAAUUCUGGCUACAAUGCAGUUCUGUAAAAACCCAACUGAACCGUAUUUGUGUAGAUGUGUUAGGAAAAAAACUCGAUCUGCAGCUGGUGAGAAAUUAAACUGCUUUUCUUUAAUUCCUGCCAAUGUUUGACCCACUUAUUUAAAAGAAAUCCUCAAAACGACAUGUUAUGUGAGGACAUUCUGAAAAAUUCCCCCCAAAAAGUUUUUCUCUAAAGAAAUUCUCAAAAUGUCUUUAUUUGAUAAGAAACAUGCAGACAAGAUAACAAAGGAUAAAGUCCUUCUGGAGUUAAAGGGAACCCUCCGCGCCCUUCCCCACACACAAUCACCUGGAUUACAGUCUUAUUUUCCACAACCCACAG